AUGGGAGCCUCCGACUCGAAGCUUGUAUUCAAGCGCGGCAUCUUCAAGCUCUCAGAAUCCCAAGCCAUUGCCGCAGAUGAUCCCUACUGGGCUUCCUUCUGGGAACUCCCCGAAUCUGCCGAAGAUAUCUUCAGUCUCUUCUCGCCCGCCGAUAUCAGGCGCACCCGCGAUACAGCGCUGGAGAACCUCGAGACGCUGGUCCUGGCUGUCACAAGUCGAUUGUUUAUACUCAGACACCACCCUUCGUUUCCGGACCCCGAGUUUGCGCCCGAGAAGGAUGCGUUGAAUUGUAUAAGGGUUUUGACACGCAUUCUGCCGUUUGUGUAUGAGGCGGAGCAGCUGCAGGAGUGGGAGGAUAAGUUCUUUUGGGGGGUGAGGAGGAAGCGGACACGGAAAGCAUCGCUGGCUAGAGAUGUGCUGUUCGAUGAAUCGCAAGAAGAAUUGGCGAAGUUGGAGGCUGCAGGGGAGGAGUUCGAGGAAGUCAAACCACUUGCUGAGGAGUUGAUCGAUACGCUGAUCGACCUGCUUUUCUUUGCGGAUUUCACCUUACCUAAACCGCCGAAUAGCAAAAAUAAGGUCUCGUAUGCGAUUUGGUCCAGUGGGGUGGGAUGUAAUACUCCGGUUGGGACGAGUAAGGAGUUUGAGAGUAAUAGGACGGAGAUACUGCGAUUGCUGUUGACGUUGACGAGUCAGAGCAUGUAUCUCUCGGCGAAUAUGCUGCCGGUACAGGGUGUUAAGGCCAUUUCGUAUAUUGUUACCUGUCCGGAUAAGCAGGUUGUGCUUUCAGUUUUGUGUUCGUUGCUAAAUACCACUUUGAAGUACAAUCCGGCGUCUUGGAAAAUCCCAUACAAUGUUCAGGUCUUCAAGGAUCCGAAAUUAAUACUGGUCACAUACUCCCUACAGUUCUUGCUCGUUGUUCUGCUCUACUCGAUACCCGAAUCAGAUCCAACACAUACGAAGAAGAACUAUUUCCGUCAUUUCCUUGGGCGGUUGCAUCGACCCCAAGACUUUCAAUUCAUUACAGAAGGAAUUACCAGAGUUCUAAACUACCCCCUCCAUGCCAGCACCUCCUACAUCACAGGAAACCAGCAGUCAAACAACAAAUUGACUUCGGAAAUGAUAAUGUUCUUUUGGGAGAUGACCCAAUGCAACAAGCGCUUCCGAUCCUUCAUAAUCGAGACAAAUCGAUCCCAUGAUUUUCUCGUCCUGAUAAUUUACUAUGCCAUCGACUACAAGCUCGAUACUUCUAAGCAGGGCAUAGUAAGAAUGUGUGUUUUCAUCUUACAGACACUGAGCGUUGAGCCGACUUUUGGCAAGAACCUCAAUAAGAAGUUUGAGAAUCAAGAAACUCUCCCGCCGACUAUCAGGCUGCAGAACUUCAAUGGAGCGUAUGCUGAUUUCAUCAUUCACUCAAUCUAUAACAUAAUCACAACGAGUCAAGGAAAACUCAGUGCAAUAUAUCCGGCAUUGUUGGCAAUCAUCAACAACGUUGCUGCUUAUCUCGAAAACAUUAGUGCUUCGGCAUCCUCGAAAUUACUUCAACUUUUCUCCUUGAUAUCCUCUCCUGGAUUCUUGCUUGCUAAUGAUAGUAAUCAUGAUCUCCUGACAUCGUUACUGGAGAGCAUGAAUGCCAUUAUUGAGCAUCAAUAUAGUAGUAAGCUAUUAUUCCUUUCUCCCGUUGUUCCGAGAGACUUCCUAAGAAAUGGGGUCAUCCUGUGCUCUAUGGGAUCUUUGGGCUUACUGCUGAAUAUUUCUGUCUCGGAGAUCGCCGUGACAGCUGCAGGACUUCAGUCCAGACAAAAUCCUAACUUCAUUUAUGCCGUCCUUCGUAAUAAGAAGAGAUUUGAAGCCUUACGACACUUCACCCUUGAAAGCGGCCAACAAGAAAUCGAACGCAGAAACAAACGGCAAAAAAAGCAUGCCAAUGCCAAUGACCCUUCCGACUUCAGUGAUAGUAGACGAGGAUCCGCAGAUAGUCUCAGAAGUCCAACUAUAAGCCACUCUCGCGCCCCUGAGCUCAGCGAUGUCCCCGAAGAAGGGACGUUUGCCAUUGGCGACGAUGAAGAUGACGAUGAUACCGAUGAUGAUCAGCCAACUCCUGCGCCAUCGCCCCCUACAGAAGAGCCAUCGCGCGCUUCAUCAAUUUCAGACAGCGUAGAUGAUGCAGUACCGACGCAAUUACGCGGCAUGUCUGAAAAAGCAAGAGGGAAAAUGCCUGCCGGCAUGCCAACUUUCUCCCGCCAGAACAGCACUACAUCCCUCAGCAGCUACACCACAGCAUUCAACUCCACAACCGGCGCCUUCGAGCCCAGCACGCCCUGGAUCGAAACCUGGCUUCCUGAACUCCCACUGCACACUCUCCUCACCUUAAUAUCCCAACUUUCCCCCCUACUCCCUCCCUCUGCAACAUCCACGGACACGCUCUCCCCCUCAGCCCUUCAAGCUCUCCGCACCGCCCACUUAGCCGGCAUAGAACCGUCCGCGAUCCGGAUCCAGUAUUUCGAAUGGUCGCCUUUAUCGUUGGGCUGGUACGAGAGCUUGUUGUGGAGCUUCGUGUUCUUGGGCGAGAUGCAGGUACAGAAGGGUACGGUGGGGGUUUGGAACGGGAGUCAUAUUAAGCUUUUCCGCGUCGAGGCUGUGGCGUCUAUGGGUCCUACGUUGAGUAGUCCGCGGGGGGCGGUCGAUGCGGUGGGGAGUAAUAUCGUUAGUCGAAUUGGGAGUAUGAAUCUGAGGGGUUCGACGGAGGGUGCAGGUGCAGGCGCGGGGAACGGGGAGAAUGAGAGGGAGCGGGUGAGGGAGAGGGAGGUUAGGACUGGGACUGGGGAGCCGGGCGUAGGGACUGGAUUGGGGGGUAGGAGUGCUGUUAUUUAA